CGCAUUGCUCCCGCCCACUCAAAUGGUACCCUACUGUGGCCAUUUUAUUCUCGUCGCUCGAAAUAAAAACAUUAACUUGAUUUUGGCGACAGUGUUAACUUGGCGAAUGUCGGCUGCAUGAGAAGCUGGGUAUUUAUGCUGGGACUCAGAAUAGCGUCAGUGGAUCAGUAUGGACACUGAGGGGAGGGGUGGGCGAGGUGAUCGCAUGGGUCGAUAUUGCAACAGCCAUAAUGACCUCAACUUUCGGGACAUGGACUACCGUUAUGGCCAUGACGAGGAGGCUGCAGAAGCAGACUGUAUUACCAGAAUAGAUGAGGACAGACCCUAUAUUCACAAUGAAACAUCUCCAGACACCCUACCAGGGAGUAGAGAAGGCAACUGGGGUUGUGGUGGUACCCGUCUACAGAUGGAGCACAACAUACGUACGCACAAAGAGGAGCACAGAUUGUCCUAUGUAGCAAGGAUGAGAAAGGUGUUUCCAGCUAAGCCAGAGGAGCAUGGUUGUAGUUCUGAGCCUGAUUUGUCUCAAGAGGAGUUGGAGCAAAGGGACCAGGAUUACCGUGCUGAUAUGGACUACAAUCAAAAGCCCAGCAACAUUAUAAUGCUUCGCAUGCUACCACCCAAUGCCACUGCAAAUGAGAUCCGGGCAAGACUUCAGGAACAGGGGAUCCAGCCUAGGGAGGUUCGGCUCAUGAGGAACAAAUCAUCAGGUCAGAGCCGAGGAUUCGCCUUCGUCGAGUUUAAUCUCAUACAGGAGGCCACCUGCUGGAUGGAGACCAACCAGGGUGUGCUGUUGAUUCUGGGACAACGAGUGUCGAUGCACUACAGCAACCCUAAACCACGAGCCAAUGAGGACUGGCUUUGCAACAAGUGUGGUGUACAAAACUUUAAGAGGAGGGAAAGGUGCUUUAAAUGCAGUGCACCCAAAUCAGAGGCUGAACUAAAGUUGCCCCAGUUGCAAAAAGAUUUUGGUCAUGGUCUUAAAAAGGAGGGAGCUCAAGGCUUGCUGCCCCUUCCAGCACCCUUUCACUGCUCUAGUCUUUCCGUCCUCCCAGGCCAAGUUGCGCAGCAGGCAGAUGUUGCCAAUGACACUCUGAUACUCCGAAACCUUGGACCGCACACAUCAGUGGAUGCCAUUUUAUCUUCUUUGGCUUCAUUUGCCACUCUGUCGCCCUCCAACAUUCGCCUCAUCAAGGACAAGCACACACACCUCAACAGGGGAUUUGCUUUUCUGCAGCUCACCACCAUUGUGGAGGCAUCCCAGCUGCUACAGAUCUUGCAGGCUCUCCAACCACCUCUGUCUGUUGAUGGGAAGGUUGUUGUGGUGGAGUUUGCCAAAGGUUCCAAACGAGAUGUGUUUCUCACAGACAGCAGUAAAGUGACUGCUGCUACUGUGGCCAGCACAGCAAUUGCUGCAGCACAAUGGGCUGUCACACAGACUGCACAAAAUGGUUCAGUUGGAGGGCAGAGCACAGAAUAUAGUGAGAUGUAUCAGCAGCGAGCGGCCGUAACAUACAAUCAGGGGGGGAAUGAUUACUCUGUGCCAGAUGGGCUACAUUUUAAAGUCCAGACAGACUCCAGGGUUUCAACAUUGCCGAAUCCAGGAAAAACCCUGAUGGGGGGUUAUACAGGAGGAACUACUCCAGCUGCAGCGAUUCCAGCUAAGGCGGUGGCAUCUGGCGUAGCUCUUGUGCAGCAGCCUCCUCAACAUACUCUAGCUGCUGUCACCAAAACAGCUUCCACCACACCAGCCAGCCAAGUUGAAAUAGUUGGAAAACCACAAGCAGCUGGUCCCAGCCAGCCUGCAACACCAGGCACUGAACAUGAGCUCCAGCAAUAUCCUUUACCAGAUGUAUCUACAUACCAUUAUGAUGAAAGUUCUGGCUACUAUUACGACCCACUGACUGGACUCUAUUAUGACCCAAACUCACAGUACUAUUACAACCCUCACACUCAGCAUUUCAUGUACUGGGAGGGAGAGAAGCACACAUACGUUCCUGCACCUUCUGGCCAGUCGAACACAGAAGGUGCUCUCACUGGUGAUUGUGCAGCACAAGUUGACUCAGUGUUUGCUAACCAUGGAAGCAAGGAGAAAAAAGAUAAACCCAAGAGUAAAACUGCUCAGCAGAUUGCCAAAGAUAUGGAGCGAUGGGCCAAGACUCUGAACAGACAUAAGGAGAACAUGCGCUCUGUCUCCUCUUCCACUUCGGCCGGUUCCACAGAUCGCAGAGAAUCUGCCAGUGCUGAUGCAGGCUACGCUGUUCUGGAGAAAAAGGGGGCGCUAUUAGAACGACCUCAAAUGUUUCUGGACCAGCUCAGACAAACAGAAUCUUCCCCUCCUCAGCACCUGGGUCUUGUCCCGGCCUACAGUGGUGAAAGUGACAGUGACGAAGAAGGAGGCGAGAAAGAUGAGAAGGAAGGGAGAUUGACUGACUGGGUGAAACUGGCCUGUCUGCUGUGUAGGAGACAGUUUCCUAGCAGAGAGGCCCUUAUUCGGCACCAGCAGCUCUCUGAACUACACAAGCAAAAUUUGGAGCAGAAAAGGAUGCAGGAAGCUGCAGGCAAAGAGAGAUGUACAGAAGGACUGGAACCAUCUCACUCUAAGAAGAGGAGGCUGAACUCGAUCGAUGGAAUCACAGGAUCCAGCCUUGGUGCCCGAAUGCUCCAAGGAGGUGUGAAAAAGGGGCUUCUGUUGCGCAAUAUGCAAAUAGAGUAGGCUGUGUUACUGCAACCUUGACUUUACGUUCCAGGCAGGACAAAACAUUCUACACUUCUCUAUUAAUAUCACAUGUGGAUAAAACCUUAACAUUUGGUUUAACUUCACAUUUACCUCUUGGCCUGACCCUGCAGCAGUAGAGGGCAGGAUAUUGCACAGAAUGCACCUUUUUUGCUUUCUUUCUCUAUGAUGCCAUUUUAUGUACCUACUUGCUUACUUUUGAGCUUGUUUGACAAACAAGCUGCAUUUUUGGGAAUUUAGUCUUGGAUCUUGAAAUGUAUGUAUAGAUUUGGACUUAAUGGAAACAUGGCAUUUUCUAACGGUCUAUGCACCAUAAAAGUUUUUUUAAUUUCAUGCUUUACACUUUGUCAUUCAGUGAAUGACUUCUAGUGGUACUGUGUACAAUGUUAACUGUACAUUUUUGGAUUAGCACUUCUUUUCCCCCACUAGAGAUUAACUUUUGUAUGUGGAUGAAAAGUGUGUCAUUUUACAGGUAUGAGGCUGAACUAUUAAGCAUAUCUGCUUCUUGGGAAGGUUGUCUUGUCUCUUUGUUCUGUAAAUGACUGUUGAUAGAAUACAAUAAUUCAUAGAAUUGUAUACUUUAAUUCAUUUUCUUGAUUCAUUCUAUGCUUUUGUUUUUUGAAGCAUAAGCUAGUAAACACAGUGUUAUGUAAAUGUGACAUCCAAUUGAAAUGUGCACAUCUGUGUUUCUUCAUGUUCCUUCACUUCAGCCCCGAGGUGUGUUGUCACUAAUGCAGCAUCUCUACCUCAACCUGCUGUUUAUGCCUUGUUUCGUUUGGCUCAUAAGGCAACAUUCGAAAAUGGAAAUGGCCACCUUGUGACAUUUAAGUUGAAAGACAUCUUAAAAAGAAAAAAAAAUUGUGUUUAUAUAAUUUACACUAAUAAAUGUGAUUGAGUCAA